AUGUCCAAUCCUUCAUCGCCGCGGAGGACUUCAUCCAUCUCGACUUCUGCUACCACACAGACAUAUGCACCUACGGCAAUCCCGACGACAUCAGUAAUAACAUCGAACCCAACCCUGACAUUUCCAUCCGCUUUCGCGACAUCGCUGCCCCCGACGCAGCCUUCGAUACCGUCAACCUACGGCUCCAACCCGUUUGCUUCCACAGGCUAUACAAGCGUUGCCGCCUCAACCUUUCCUGGGCCCACCGCGUCCGGACCACGCUUCACGGGACUCUCUGGACCGAGCUCAGAGGUAGCGAGUGCUGCCGUUGCUGCUGGACCACUGGGAAGAGGCGGCCGCAAGGCCAAGACACAUGUAGCUUCUGCCUGCGUCAAUUGCAAACGGGCGCACCUUAGCUGCGAUGUGCAACGACCAUGCACGAGAUGUGUUGCUUCAGGCAAGCAGGAAUCAUGCAUCGACGUACAGCAUAAGAAGCGUGGCCGACCUCGUCUCCGCGAUGAAGGAGAGUUCUCGUCAAUGGGCACAGGGAGAAGCUCGCCAGGUAGCUCCGUCGUAGCAGGACCGUCUCAGAUGACGCCGCGACCAAUUGCACAAACGAGACACCGUCGAGCAGAGUCCUUUCGGUCCUUGAGGUCCCAGACAAGUGAUGACUCGUCCAGCAUGAUCGGCUCUACACCCAUCCGAGGCCCACUAUCCUUCCAAUCACCAUACACUGUUCGACAGCCUGGCAUACCUGGCUCGGCUCCUCCAAGAUUCGAGGUCGCUACAGCAUUGCUAAACACGAACUUUGUCAUCAUACGAGCAAACCAGCCUUUCGAACAGAUCAUGAACAAUGGCGGUAGCACACGAGGUCGUCACAUCAGCGAGCUUGCAGCACCCGCAGACGGCGAGAGCAUCCAUAAUAUCCGGACCAGAUUGAGAGCCGAGCGCGAGGCUCGCGAUCCUGCGUACAUGCCUCCGAUCAUGCAGCCCGGGCAGGAUCCAGUGCUCAACAUAUCCGAAGCCGAUGCCGAGCAGUAUACGCGGAGCUUCAACGAUCAGACUUAUGCAUGGAGACAAGCACAGCCUGUGCCGAACAUAGAGAACUUCCCUGCCAGAGUACGAUUGGCGAAAGCCUACAGUUACUUCGUCGUCGUCACACUUCCUAGCUUUCGGCCGGUCGAUCAACCACCUGUGCAGUCCCGACCACCACCACCAGCAUACGGAGCUCCUUUUGGAUUCGGCCCACCAUUACCAUCUCCCGAGCCAUAUGGUAUAGCAAGACAGCAGACACUACAUUCGGCUCCGCCCCUCUCAGCCUACGAAUCGAGAGCACCCAUGACCUCAACACCCAUAGGACGCGCCUCUGGUCCAUUCGGCUCUUCGAGUACAUACCCACCUCCACACCCACCAAUGCCAUUCCAACACCCCCAACCCAUUCACGCCCGACCUGCACCGAUCCUCUCCCGACCACUAUCGCCACGACUAUUGAUUCGAGAACCACCCACAGACACAACCGCCUUCACACCUCGAUCGAUGCCAUCAGAGUCAGGAAGGGAAGUGGGCAGAGAAGCGCUACAACUGCCUCCGAUCUCCAGUUCACAGGCCGGUGCAGGACCGUCGGGCGCGAGAGCCUCGGGUGAAGGGUCCUCGGAGGAUGAUGAUGGAGAUGGGAAUACGACGUCACCGCGCAAGAGACGGAGGAUGGGGAUAGAUGAGGUUCUGCAGCGAUGA